AUGGCGACUUUAGAGACCAUCCCGGAGGAGAUAUUUCUCUCUAUUUUUGAAUGGCUCAAUCACUCAUAUAAAACAGAUUACCUAAGGUACUUGACGGUUUCUAGACGCUGGCAGCGCGCCGUCGAGCGGUUCUUCUUUCAAAGAUUCAACCUCAAAAACACCGAGCUGUCAAUAUUUGCAUCUCUCUUUCAGGGAAUGGGGGCGCACCGGAAGGCUUUUGUUAAGGAUAUCAGCCUGAUGAUCGAGUUGCCGUCCUAUGAUGGAGAUGACUGCCAGCAGCAUAAAGACCUCAACAACCAAAUAUUCUCCACUGCCAUGCUCGAUUUAUUUCAGAUUCUCGAAACCUUUAAUGAGGAUGAAGCCGUCAAGAGAAAUUCAGAAGGGGCGUCGGACUAG